AUCGAGGAAAACCUAGAGGCCAAAAUGAAGGGAUUUAUUUUAAUGUCAUGCUUGGCUCUGGCUGCCGCCAGACCAGAAGCUGGUUAUGCUUACAAUAGACCCGGUGGAAGCGGUGGAGGCGGCGGUUUUGGUGGAAGCUCGGGAGGAGGGGGCUUUGGCGGUGGUGGCUUCGGUGGAGGUGGUUCUGUAGGUUUUGGUGGUGGCGGUUCUGGAGGCUUUGGAGGUGGCUCUAGUGGCGGUUUCGGAGGUAGCGGCGGAUUCGGAGGAGGAUCAGGUGGCGGUUUUGGAGGUGGUUCCGGUGGAGGUUUCGGAGGCGGAUCUGGUGGUGGAUUCGGCGGUGGUGGUUCAAUUGGCGGCUUUGGUGGAGGUGGUGGCGGUGGAACCACGUUGGUGCAAAAACACAUUUAUGUUCAUGUUCCACCACCAGAGCCUGAGGAAUCUCGUCCUCGUCCCAACAUUCCCGUUGGACAGGCCCAAAAGCACUACAAGAUUAUUUUCAUUAAGGCUCCAUCACCUCCAUCUUACCAAGCUCCCGUUAUUCCGGUGCAACCACAAAACGAAGAGAAGACAUUGGUCUACGUGUUGGUCAAGAAACCCGACGACCAACAGGAUAUUGUCAUUCCUACUCCUGCUCCAACUCAGCCUUCCAAACCCGAAGUCUACUUCAUCAAAUACAAGACCCAAAAGGAUGGCGGCAGCGGUGGUGGUUCCGGCUCAGGUGGUUAUGACAGCGGCAUUGGUGGAGGUAGUGGAGGCGGCAGCGGCGGAUAUGAUUUGGGCGGUGGCUCUGGCGGCAGCGGUGGUAGCGGCGGCGGUGCUCCAUCAACCAAUUACGGUCCUCCUGGUAAAUCUGGUCCUUACUAAGAUCGAUCAGAUGCUGACCAAGGUGGAAAAGUUAAAGUUAUCACACAUAUGACCACUGACAUGUUGUUGUUAGAAAAGCGCAAUCGACAUUAACGCUAUCGACUACUAGUCCUACU